AUGCCCAUAGUGUCACUGCGCUUCAAGUACUUUGCCUUCGCCUUUCUCUUCACCAUUAUCUUCUUGGGCCUAUGGCUUCAACCAAUGUACCUGGGUGUUGUGAGCCUUUCAGAUCCUGCCAAUCCCUUGACUCGACAUGUCGACGCCUCCAGACGGAAAUUCGACGCGAACCCUUAUACCAAUGAUCGGUCAAUAUAUAGGGUACAAAAUGAAACAUUGGGAUUCCAAGAAGUGUACAUGAUUUCGCUCCCAGCUCGCACAGACAAAAGAGACGCAUUCGCUUUGCAGGCAGCAUUCUCAGGAAUCACCUACACGCAGGUGGAUGGAGUGGACGGCCAUGACGUACCGGAAAAGGCACUCCCACAUACUAUGGAUCAAAGUCCUAAUGCCGUCGGCUGCUGGCGAGCUCAUCUGAAUGUUGCGCAGAGGAUUGUGCGCGAGGGAGUGACAACGGCGUUUGUCUUUGAGGAUGAUGCAGACUGGGAUGUCGCUUUCAAGCAACAAUUGGUGCAAUUCGCACGCGGGUCAAGAGUCAUGCUACAGACACCUGAUCACAAGAAUCCUAUUUCUCCGUAUGGUGACGGGUGGGAUAUUCUCUGGAUCGGACACUGCGGAACAUGGGUUCUUCCUGAAAAGAGACGGCGAUUCUUUGUUAUACCUAACGAUCCUACCGUUGAGCCACCUCAGCACCGACAAAACGUUGAUGUUCCAGAUAUGUCGCGUUGGGAAGGACCUGGUAGUGACAACAGGACAAGGAUAGUUUUCAAAGCAAAAGGGGGUGUUUGCACAGCCGGCUAUGCCAUCUCACAACAAGGUGCUCGCAAGGUCCUAUACCACUUGAGUAUGGUGCCUUACAACAAACCGGUGGACUGGGGUUUGGCCAAUCUCUGCGAAACGAAGCAGUAUAACUUUAGGUGCAUCUCGGUGUUUCCUCAACUCGUGGGAGUGUCGCGACCGCAGGGGAACACAAGCAAAUGGAGUGAUAUUGGAUAUGGAGCAGACUCUGAGAGGAAGGUUGAGAAUGCGAACUCCCAGCAUCUGGUUUAUUCCACCCGAUUAAACAUGGAAAACCUGUUGGCGGGGAGAACAAUCUUUGAUAGUCAAUAUCCAGACUCCACGCCAGCACGUAUGGAUAUCAAAAAGAUUGGGGCGGCCGUUGGUCAUGUUGAAAUCGUCAAUGUUGAAGACUGA